CGGAGGGAUUAACGGGAGCUGUACUUGGAGGAUGUGCGGUAUGGACGUGGACUUGGACGAUGGCGGUUCAGGCGAGGAGGAGAAAGAGGAGGAGUUCUGGAUCGGGGAGGGGGUAAAGAUGCUGCCCCCUCCUGUGGCCCACAGUGGGGGCAGUGCGUGGGGCAGCCGCAGGGGCAGGUUGGGCUGCGUGGCCUGCGGGGCGGCGCUCAUCCUCUGGGACCUGUGUGUGGUCUUAGCCAGUGCUCUGCUCCUGGCCCUGGUCUUCUCUGUGGUGCUGCUGCCUGCAAUGCUGCUGCUGUACGCCGGUUUCCUGUGCCACUCCAGGGUCCUUGACGCCCCCUCUGCCAUCUGCCGUUACCUUGACGACAACAGCUGCUCCGCCCUCAUCAUCUUGGGUUUCGUGAUGAUGUCGCCGCUCGUGGUCGUGGCCGCCGCCAUCUUCUGCGGGCUACUCCGACGGUUUCGACUCCUGCUGCUCAUUCAACCGAUCACACGCGCCUGGUACCGAGGGCGGCUGCUGGACUGGGCGGGCAGCGUCCACGCCUGGGUCUGAUCAUAAUGAAGCAGGAGGCGAUGAUGGUCGGGUAUGCUCAGAGU